ACAGAAGAAAACACAGAGGAAAGGAACAUAAAUUGUCACUUUAAGAUGAAUAACUCGAAAUAAACGAGUUACCUUUUGUGUAAAUGUACAAAAAAGGGGAAAGCGAAAGAAGGGGGGGAAACAAAAAACCCUUUUACACAUACAAACAAAUUUUUGCAAACGUACAUGCGGGGGAGGAACACAGUUAUAUGAUGCGAGUGCUACCAUCAGAAGCCUGCCUUCCGCUUGUCCUGCGCCAGGGGAAGUGAACCUGAAGAGAAACACAAAAGAGAUCCAAAUUUUCGAAAAUUAUGAAUGAGAGGAUACUAAAGAAUAUUUGGAAGUGCGAGUCAUCAUGUCUAUUAAGCAAAAAUAAUUUUAACGCAAGUUUGGUUUCCACAUUUAAAAUAUCGCGAUGUGGCACGUUACUUCUGGAGGGGAAAAAGAAGUUGGCGGCGCUUGGCGGUGGAAGCAGUUCCGGAGUAGUGCGCGGGAGUAGCGAAAGGAACGAUCGUCACCAGGAGAAGAACGAACUUUCCGAUGGUGCAGCGCCAGCUGUCUGUGCCAGGGGCGCACACAGUAAUGAGGGGAGCUGCAGUGGUGAAGGCCCGCCGCUAACAGGGACACACUAUGCCUUCCGCUUUGACAAGGGCGCCCGAAUGCUGCGCGCUGGGCGGAACGCGGACUCCUGGAAGAAACCUCCCGUUAGUUCGUACUCAACGGUGAGAGGGGGGAAAGAGGAUGCCAAUGCGGGUGCCGCCGAGGAUGCAAAUAGUGGGUCACUCGAGAAGGGCGACCCGGCACCCCCCAUGUGUGAGGACAAUCCACAUGUUGAAAGGGGCAAUCAGUCUGACUGCAACCAGGUGGGUCUCAAUGGCAACGCGCAGCAAACCGAACAGGGAGAGCAACCGUCCGAAGGCCACGACGCCGAUUUGCAGAGGAGUGACCCCCCAAGCGGCAGUGACGAGGGGAAGGACGAACUAUCCGAGAGGAUAAAAAAAAAAAACGAAAUAAAAAAAGUGUUAAACAUAAUAUUUUGCUCCUCCAUUCCCAUGAUCGGGUUCGGGUUCAUGGACCAGUUUAUAAUGAUCCGUUUGGGAGACAUUUUCGAUGCAUCUAUCGGAGUGUCUUUCGGGAUUUCAACCCUAUGUGCAGCUUCCUUUGGCCAACUAUGCAGUGACACCUUCGGAAUCUUUUUUGGCUACGUCUUAAAUUAUUUAUUACAAACGUAUAAGGUCAUCCAGCCAGCCAAAUUCGACGUAAAAAAUAAAGUGUAUCAACAUUGCACCUUAGUGGGAUCCGUGUUGGGGAUUCUACUGGGUUGUGCCCUUGGGAUGUUGCAACUCAUUUUUAUAGACACUACAAAAAGUGAAAGAUUAAAAAAAAAAAAAGAAUUAGAUUUCAUAUUCCAAAUGGUCAUGUGUGAUUGUUCAAACAUUUUAAACUGCGAAACGUCUACGCUGUUUCUCUACGAUAAGGCCAAAAACGAAUUAUGGAGCAAAGCCAUACAUGGGAGAAAAAACAUCAUCAAAAUUUCUGCUAAUAGUAAUGAAAAAAGUUUUAACCUUUGGGUUCUGAGGAAUAAAGAAAUAAUUAACUGCAAGGAUGUCCUUAAUAAUGAACUGUAUAACCCCUCACAUGAUGAGAAAUUUAAUUUCAAAACGAGGACCAUUUUGGCGGCACCCAUCUUAGAUCGAAAUGAUGAAGUUGUUGGCGUUCUUAUGUUCCUCAACAAACUGAGGUCCCAUGGUGGGUACUUCACCCGAAAUGAUGAAAAGCUAGCCGAGAUGAUGAGCAAACAUAUUUCCAUCUUCAUGGAGAAAUUUAAUUAUAUCAGCGAAGGGGAUAAAAAAAUGAUCGUCUUCGAUAAGGAGAAGAGCGUUUCCCGCGAGGGGGAGGAAGAGGAGGAAGAGGAGGAGGAAGGGGACCCUCCUGUGCCUAGCAGCAGUUUGCACCACAACCAAGCGGCGGGUGAACUCACAAAAGAACACACACAUGGGGGAGCCAAACCGCAAGACAAACAUCCAGCGAAAGAACGGAGGAGAAAAAGAAACCAAAAGAAAAUGCUCCACUAUCAAAUUUCCCAAAUAGAUGAAGAUGACAAAAUUUUCGACGAGGGAAGCGAAAAUGAGAACUUAAAGCGGUUUGAUGAGUACUAUGAUGAGAAGGCGGAGGAGGAGGAGGACGACGUGUACGACGAUGAGGACUACGACGAGGAUGAGGAGGACGUGGAGAGGGAGGAAGAGGUCUGUAAAGCAACCCAGCCUGGUAGGGAGCCCACCGAAAAGGGGCAAACUGACAAAGUGGACGAUAUCCCGCGUGAAGCAAUAAACCUGUUGCCCAUUUCAAAAGCGGGGGCGAAGAAAAGCGAACAGCCAUUUAGCGAUUUCCUAGUGGAAGAUCACUUUAACGAUCGAAAGGAGCAUCUCGUUGUGGGGCAAAACAUUUCAAAGGAGUGGCAAGCAGACCGAGUUAACUGCAAACUGGAGAUGAUUAACCGGGGGGACGACCAAGGCGAACCGCAGAAACUCUCCAUUUUGAGCAUAGACAAGAAGGCAACAAAUCACGCGCAGAAGGGGGGCCCCUCCUCAUUCGGGGAUGACAACUCGGGGGGGACUCUCCCCGUGUCGUCCCAUCCUCGCAUCAUUGAAGGAAGGGCCACUAGUGAGAACCUCCCCGGUGAGCGUAACAGAGACAGUGCCGCCAAUCACCACACACACACUGAGCGCAGCAACGAGGGGGAAAGGGAACCCCCCAAUUUGGACACACUACCGAUUAUCCCCCACGUGGAAAACCUUUUUAAAAAUCGCAAAAAGGGCAACUACAACUUUUACGAAAAGAAUUUUGAGGAAAGUAUUAACUUGGGGAGCAGGUGGAAGAAGCUUAGCGGAGCUUCCUUAAGCACCAUGUUGAGUGGCGGUGUUGCUGAGGAGGGGGGAGCCCCCCCUAGUUGGGCAACUGCGGAAGUUAGCCACCCCCAUGUUGAUGGGGCGGACCGCUACCUUGAGGACGCUGCAGGGAGUGGUGCCCCUGGCCACUCGAGCGACGGGUCAUCUCUCUACAACGGCAGCGUGUCGCCAGAUUACAGCUACUACUACGACAUCGAGCACACGAGCGACUACGGCAACCUGUACGCGAAGGACUUCUCCAGUGGGGUGGCGGCGCACGACGCGUUCGAGCAUGAGCGAAAGAAGGCACAGAACGACUCCAUCGAAAGUUACCACCGAGGGUACAACAGCGCCAUUCUGAGCGAAACCCUGUGUAGGAACUCGUCCCUCUCCGUGGCGAGCGGCAUCAAGAAAGAGCCUUUCAAAAGGCACAUGCAGAACUACGUAUAUACGAAGGGGGUCCUAUUGAGGAACGCAGCCCUUCUGGAGGGCGCGGGAAAAAUGUACAGCUCCAGUGCAUACAACUCAGAAAAGUACUUUUCACACAUCCACUUUGCGAAAAUAUUUAAUAUGGUCUCUGAGAAAAAGAUGAAUAUAAAAAAUUUCAAAAUUUUAAAAAAUAUUUACAAAUACAAUUUAAGUAAAAUUUUUAGUAACCAUUAUAAGUACAUAAUUGUGAAGAAAAAAAAAAAACUGCGCAAGUUCUGCUACACACUUAAACAUUUUGAUAUUUGCAAAGUGGACCAUUUCUGGUUUAAUAUAUAUUGCCAAAAUGAGUUGAAAAAAAUUUUCUUUCGAAAUUUACAUUUCAUAAUCGAUUUACAUAAUACACGCAUUGUAGAUUUUAAACUCAUCAACAAUUAUAUACUUUAUAAAAUUUACGAAAAUACCACUGUCAGUCGUCUCGCGCCAAGCACAUGUUACAACAUUAAAACAAUUGAUUUUUUCUUUAAGGAAAAUUUGUACCUUUUAAAUAAAAGCACUAUGAAUGAUAUCAUUUACAAGUACAUCAUUUUUUACUACUGCAGAAAGAAGUUGCGGAAAAAAAACUUUAACUAUUAUAAUUACCAGGACAUGUACAUCGCGGAGAACUUCUUCGGCCAAAACACACACACCAAGAAGGUCCCCAAAAUUCUCGAUGAGGACCUGGGCAAGAAGAGCGCCAUAGUCACCGUGGAUAGGUAG